AUGUCACCAAGGGCUGCGGCGAGAGCUGCAAAGAUGCUGGUGCUGAGUCUGUUGCUCUUCACUGCUUCGUGGGCAUCUUGGGGGCUCCGGGGAGGUAGCAGUUCCCCUGGGUCACCGAGCUUGGCUGCGAGGAGUUUCCUUUUGGCUGCUGAGACUCCGAGCCAGGUGGCCCCGAGCCACCCAAGUCCAAGCACAGAAGCUGCACCCUGCGAGUCACUUCUGAAGGACGGCGAUCCUUCCAGAGGUCACUCCAGCAGCUUCUGCGGAUGGGCUGUCAGCCUCAGCAUUACGGGUGUGGUCCUCACUUUUGCCUCCCGUAAGCGCCGAGCCCGUGUUCGGGGUGCUUGGCGAAGGGCUAUGAAUGCAGUUGCACGACUGCGUUACCCUGAGCCCAGUUCGCCGAGCUCCUACGCGGCGGCUCUUCUGAAUCCUCCAACACUGGACUUCUUGUGUCGCUCGCAACGGUGGGCUGAGGACAUUGAGGAUUCUGACGAUGAGUUCAAGAGGAACGUGGACGGCACGGCGAUUCAGAAGACCCGUUCGUUGCCAGCGAAGAUGGUGGGGGCAUCUGGCUUCUCCUCCAUCUCUGACUCGGAUGAGGAGAGGAUGUCUUUCUCUAGCCGGCAUCACAUGGGACCGCAUCAACGUGCGCCUACUCUGUUGCAACGACGUCAAGCACAGACGCGCAAAGGAUGGACUGCUGAGCCUUCCACAAAGUCGGUCGACUUGGAUGAGCUACACCUGUUUUCCUCAAUACCUUCAGUCCAAGACUUGCGCAGGAUCUACAUUGUACAGGUUGCGCAGGCAGAAAGUACACAGGGUGCAGUGAUUGCGGCCAUCAAGCAGCUCAACACGUUGAAGUAUGGGAGAUGCAAGGUGCACUUUCAGGACGGUGAUGCGAAACAGUUUUACGACAUGCUGAGCAACUAUGGCACCAAACCAGUCUCAGCACAGUCUUUUGCAGUCGAACUGCGACAACUUUUGUCGGCCCUGGCCUCGUGCGACCAACUCUCCUUACCUCAACUACGCAGCAUCAUGGCGACAGCCUUCGAUCGAUUCGACUUCAAUGAAGACGGGAAGUUGUCCAUUGACGAGUUUUCUUCCGCCCUUCUCAGCUUCAAUAUCGAGCUGGGUGCAGCAGAGACUGAAACCCUGCUUCGUUUCCUGGCCCUGGCACCAGCUGUGUGUGAAGAAACACCUGUUCUGGAGAAAGAGGACUUGACCAAAGCAGAGAGUCCUGAACUCACCUUGGAGGACAAGGUUUGUGCAGCCUGCGGCGGGGUGAAGGAUCAAUUGCAGUCGUCCACGGGCUGGAACACUGCGGUGAAGAUUGCGGAGAAAGUGGGCCAUUGUCUCCAACAGCCAGGCAGCCCUCGGAGCCAAGCAAAGCGUCUGAUGGACCUGGGGCACAAGGAACUGGUGUCCGCCACGGAAAUCUCCUUGACUUUGGCGGGGCUCACCAUGGUCGUGCUCCAUCACAGCCAGAUCCAUCCGGAUGCGGCGGUCUUCGAGCAGAUCAGUGACGCGCUGGACGACUUCGUCGGAGCUGUGAGGGACUUGUUUCAGUCGAUGCCCAUCGGCCCCGCCUUGUUGUCCGGCGCUUUGGGGCUCGCCAAGACACAGAAGGACUCAGUAGCCCUGGACGUGGAUGAGGCCUUGCUGUAUGCACGCUACUUCUUGCCCCAGGGCUGUUCCCAGAGCCUGUUCCACAAGCUCCUCACGAUGGCCGGAUGCCAUUGGGGUUCCGUCUCCGCCGGGCAGCCGCUGCAGGGAGACGGCGAGCUCCGAAUCCUGGUCCGUGGGAAGGCCGUCAGGAAGCGUGGAGAAGACAAGGAGGAUUUGCUUCCUGGAGCUUUCCUGAACGCCUGCUGCGAGGAUCAGGUGGUGGCCUUGGAAGAUCUGACGUACAUGGCCUGGAACACUGAGAAACUCAAUGCGUGCAUGGAAUCAGUGAAGGAUGCAGGGCUGAAGCAGCUGGCAGAGAGGAUGUUAGAGGAUGCAGCUGGCGUUUGCCACGAUACUCAGGUCCCCGCCUGCCCAGAGGAAGACUGGUUCGCGCCGGUAGGCGAGGCCUUGGAGAGCCAAGCAAAGCGCAGAGGCCUGGUCACAAGUUCUUUAUGCCCAGAAGGAUUCUGUCGCAUCCUUUCGAAGCCCAACAUGUCAUUUCGGGAUGCUUGGCAUAUGUUGCGAUCACAGAGACGGGGCGUGGUUGCUAUGGGCAUUUUUUGUGCCAAUUGGGGUGCGGGUCAAAUUUAUUGA